GAGAGUGAAAUGUGUUUAUUACCAGCAGCGCAAACCAAAGGGGUUGCCUGAUAAAGAGGGGCAAUUUAAAGUCAAAUUAAAUCUCAACAAAGGGAUUUGCUGGCCCACUGUAUGAUAAGGUUGUUGUGGAAGUAACAUUACAACAAGAGCAGUCAACCAUCACAAUGCCAAGGAGGAGCAGAAGAUCAUAUGCUGCGAGAGAACGAGAGAGGUUGCGCAAGGAACUGUGGACACGUAAUGGUGUGAAGAUGUCACAUCGUGCCGUCCAGACUUCCCAGCGGUGCCUAGCAGGGCCCAUCCUUGAGGAACGUCGACGAGAAAUCCUGGACCUCGUCAGCUCUGUAAUGUAUCUGGCCCAUCUGCAACACACGGAUGAAACUAGGUGGACAUUUGAUGAUGUUAUGAGAGCGGCGAACACAUUGACCGAUCAAAUCACAAAGGCAGGAAGUUGCAGCUUGAACAACAGAUAUGUGAAUUUCAAUGACCUACCAGAAAAGGUUCAAACCCACCAAGGCCAAUACUGUAUGAAUAGAUGCAAGACUUUGAGUGGGUCGUUAUUCCUGAAGUCAACUGAGGGCGAGAGUGACAGUAGUGUCAGCCUCUUAGCUGGGCUCCGAGACCUCGGGACCACAUAUUCCCAGGCCUUGCUGAUGGUUGGUGCUUCGUUUGCCAGUGUUUUCCAGGAUCCACAUGGCCAAUUUGGGUUUUUCCAUUCACGUUCUGCCAGUGCCAGUGAAAGAAGAAGAUGUUGUGAGGAAUACGGGGUUGCUGCUGGGAUGGAAUCCUUUGCCACAUUGCCUGAGCUGGCUGACCGGCUGGUGCAGUUCUUCGGGAACUUGUUGCACCUCGAUACAAAAGAGUAUUCUCUCUUACCAGUGUCUUUUACCAGAGUAAAAUCGGAACAGUGUAUCGAAGAGGUAAGUGAGAUGGAGGAAACACAGAAUCCUGAAACACAGGGAAUGGUGGCCCUAGGCUCCCCAUCUCUUCCUAGACCUUACCGGCCAAGGUCAAAGAGGAAAAGGGACCGCCACACUCAAAGGAUGAGAUACCAUAUGCAGAAACAGCUGCUGAAAGAAGGAAAGAAAAGAGAUGCGUCAGAGCUAAAAGCGUUCAAGAACGCUUUCCAAGCCCGAUAUUACAAUGAGCCUGAUUUCAAGAGGAGCUUAGAGCAAGAGGAAAAGGAGGAAAAGAGAAAGGAGAGCUACCAGUUGAGAAAACAACGCCAAAAAUUGAAAUAUCACACUGACCCAGCCUUCAGAGAGAAGACGAAGGAGUAUUCAAGAUUGUACUACCAGUUGAAAAAGACAAGACUAUUAGUGCAGGAGGCAAAGGAAAAGGAGGAAAAGAGAAAGGAGAGCUACCAGUUGAGAAAACAACGCCAAAAAUUGAAAUAUCACACUGACCCAGCCUUCAGAGAGAAGACGAAGGAGUAUUCAAGAUUGUACUACCAGUUGAAAAAGACAAGACUAUUAGUGCAGGAGGCAAAGGAAAAGGAGGACAAGAAAAAUGAAGGAGCAGAGCCCACAGAGCCAUGCAACCUGACUCCUCAAAGUGAUGCCCCCCAAGAUGGAUCCAAGCAGAGGACGCAUUACAGUAUUGACCUGGUGCUCCGAGAGAGAUAAAAAAAACAUCAUCUGUAGUCAUUGUACCGCACUGACCCAGCCUUCAGAGAGAAAAGGAAACUACCAGUCGAAAAAGAUGAGCAAAAGCAAAAGUGCAUCUGAUCAACCGCCAUUAUUGCAGGUCAGGUGAUACAGGGUUUUGAUAGACUAUAAAUCAUUUUCAGAUUAGGUGUUUUGUUCAAUGUUUGUUUGCUCACUUUUUAUUGCAAGUUUAUAACAAGUAUGUUAACAUUUCACCAUAUAAUAUAAAUUCUCAGUUUUGGUGGUAACUUGGUUAAACUUUUUUGCAAACAAAUGUGAUUUUCUGAGACAGCAUGGGGAAUAAAACAACGAGGAAAUUGCUCGACAUAAUAAAGGAUCUUCUAAACCUG